AUGCCACUAAAAAGAGACGAUUUCACCGUGGGCUGGGUAUGCGCCGUCGACAUCGAACUCUCAGCCGUCCGUGGUGUCCUGGACGAAAAAUAUGAAACCAAACUCCCCGUCCCAGGUACCGACAAAAACCUCUACGAAUAUGGUCAAAUAGGUGGCCAUAAAGUGGUCAUUACAGUUCUUCCCAGCUUUGGGAUAGGACCGGCCGGGGUCGUCGCCACUCGUAUGAGUUCAACGUUUCCGAAUUUGAGAUUCAUAUUGAUGGUUGGUGUCGCUGGCGGCGCUCCGAGCGAGACCAAUGAUAUUCGACUCGGCGAUAUUGUUAUCAGCAAAGCUGCGGGGCGGUGUAGUGGUGUAGUUCAGUAUGACUUUGGGAAGACGAUUGAAGGUGGUGGAUUCCAACCGAUUGGAUGGUUCAAUGCGCCGCCGCAGAUACUCACAACUGCAGCCUUAGCUUUAAAGGCUCGAGGGAAAGGGAAGCUGGGGGAAGAUAUAUGGAAUAUAUUCACAAAUGGAAGCCUUUCGAAAGAUUUUGCAUAUCCUGGGCAAGAGGAGGAUACACUAUACGAGCCGGAUUGUCUCCACGCUCGUGAAGAGAAGGGAGGUAAAUCAGUUGCAAAGAAUGAUUGUGGUGCUUGCGACAAGGCAAAAAUUUCUCAAAGGACCCCAGAGCGCCGGUCUAAUGAUCAUCCACAUAUACACUAUGGUAUUAUGGCUUCAGCGAACAAUGUUAUGAAAGACGGGAAGAAACGAAACGAAGUUAUUCAGAAGACUGCGGAAUGGGCGGGAGCCGAACCUCUCUGCUUCGAAAUGGAGGCGGCGGGUUUGAUGAAUGACUUUCCCUGCCUCAUAGUUCGAGGUAUAUGCGAUUACUCAGAUGCACAUAAGAAUAAGAACUGGCAACCGUAUGCUGCCAUAAAUGCGGCUAUCUGUGCCCGGGAGCUACUCAAGCAGGUCUCACCAAUAAUGGAAGUGGGCCUUGUAGAUGUUGCGAAAGAGACUUUGAAGUCCGUUUCAGCCCAGGAAAUCAACUUCGUCUUUCAAGACAGCAUGCCCUUCCAUAUACCCUUUCCUCGAAACACUACUUUUGAAGGUCGAAAAGAAACCCUCGAAACCCUCCAUGAAUGUUUUACGAAACAGCAGUAUCGUGGGGCGACCCCAGUGAUAUGCGCCGUUACCGGCACCAGCGGGAUGGGGAAAACACAGAUUGCGAUUGAAUAUGCUUACCGACAUCUAACUGAAUACAAAUCAGUCUUCUGGAUAUCUGCAACUAGCGAGGAAACCAUUCAUGCAUCUUUAAUCAAGAUAAUGGAAUGCAUCAUACAGGAGCACGCAAGAGUGUUAUGGGAGGACUCUGUGCCGGAUUAUAAAAUCAUCGCCCAGCAGUUCAGGCUUGGAGAGCUCGUUGAUAAUGAAGGCAGAAUUAAAGUCGGACUUCACUUCUUUGCUCAGAUCCGGGCCGCAUUCUUCGACUGGCUAGCUAUGAGGCCUAAGGGAUCGGAUGAUAAGAAAUGGUUAUUGAUAUUUGAUGAUGUGGAAGAUUCGGAGGCACGCGUUUUCCAGAAUCGGGAGAGUCUUCCUGGCCACGGAAAUGGUGCUAUCCUGAUAACUAGCCGGAGGCCAGAUAUCUUACAAGAGUACCGCGUGGAGAAGAAUAUUGAAUUGGAAGGACUUGAGGCUGGAAAUGCUGUAAAUCUUCUGCUAGCCUCAGCGAACCUACAGAAUCCUGGAGAUGUCGUCAAAGAGCAAGCAACUGCCAUUGUGACAGAGCUAGGAUUCCUACCUCUUGCAAUAUCUCAAGCAGGCUAUUAUAUACGGGAAAACAAAAUUGGCCUUGAAGAAUACCUACCUCUUUAUCGGGGAAAAUUCAUGGAAGUACAAGGUCUCGAGCGCCAGCUAGAAGGAUCGAGCUACCAAGAAACAAUAGUUACAACAUGGGAGAAAAUAUUCCAGACUCUUAAAAAACAGGACGAAGACGCAGCGUCGGUAUUGCUGACAUCUGCUUAUUUCAAUCCUAAAGAAAUCUGCGAAAGCAUCUGGGUAGAUGACCGAGAUGGAAAGCCCGAUGAAAGAGUUCGGAUCAGAUUCGAGAAAACGAUGUCAGUGCUAGCUUCGUACUCCCUCAUUAAAAGAGGGCCCGAGCAAUCUCAAACGUCCCGAAGGGAGGAGCACACCAGAAUCUUCUCUGUCCAUCCUGUGAUACAAUCAUGGGCACGGGGCCGUCUCAAACGAGACGGGCAGACCGGACCCUUGAGGGAUGCCGUAAUACUUCUCGGGAAAGUCAGCAAGUGGAAAAGGUUGUCACAGAAGAGCCGGCAAUGGAGUUUAGAGGAGGAGAGGAGACUCACGGCUCAUAUACGAAGCCUAUCCAGCCAUUCGGUGCUCAAAUCCUUUGGGAUCUUAGAGGACGAAGCGCAGAAACACCCAGAUGACAACCUAUAUUUUGCAUUCGCAAAUAUCGGAAAACGCCUUGAGAAACAAGAGCGUUACGCCGAAGCCCUAUCAUGGUUGAAGGAAGCAUAUGUUGGGUUAACAGUGCAAAAAGAUGAUUUUGAACGCCUAGCCAUCCUCAACAGUAUUGGAACUAGUCUCACCCACGAAAAACAGUGUGAUGAGGCCCUGAAAUACUUCCUUCAAGGUUUGGAUAUGCUGGUAUCCAGGCUUUGGGUUGGGCAAUUUACCCCUCAAAUGACCGGCCCGGAGCUUAUCAAGCACUCGAUAGUAUUUAAACUUAUGAACAACAUGGGAACGGCCUACUACCGCCAGAACCCCGCCAACUACGAAACCGCUUUGCAUUGGAUACGCAAAGCAUACUACUUGUCCACGUUGUUGGGUGACAAGGAUAUGCUCAAAUAUGACAUCAGACAGAACUCUACAAAGAUAACCAAGAAACUGAACAUUCAGGAGGCCACUUUCGACUGCAAUAUAAUGAUAUCAGGGCUUCAGCAAUGGAAAGCGAGCUUUGCAAAAAGCGAUGAUUUCCAAAGUUUCGAUGUCACUUUUAGGAUUGCUUCGCUGUUCGAGGAUCAGGGACGAUACGACAUCGCUGUCAAUUGGUAUCGGGACGCAAUCACCAGUUUCGGCCAAGGGCUUGCUAGGAAUCACCCACACCGAGUUAAGGCCUUCAGGCAUUAUGGGAAAUGUUUGGGUAAACUCAAACAACAUGAUGAGGCCAAAAAGUGGUACGAUAGGGCUCUGGAAGGGUUUAAAGAGCUGAACGGCGAAGAUCACCGAGAUCGCAAAUAUUUCUACUUACUGGGCAAAAAAGCCAAGAGCCACGGGAAUCUCGAGGAAUAUGACGAAGCGCUUAAACUAUCUCUUGAAAUUCUUUCGGGGACAGAGAAGCUGCCUGGGGAGAACAAAGAGGCGAAAAUCAAGGCCCUUGAAAAAGUAUCAAAAUAUCAUCGCAAGCUUAAGAACUAUGACGAGGCUUUGACUUUUGCUCAACAACGACUUGAGCUUCGAAAGGAAAUGGAUGGGUUGAAUGGCAUGAGUCUGGAGACAGUUGGUGCAAUAGGAAUCCUGAGUAUGAUUUAUGAGAAAAAAGGAGAUUAUAAAACGGCUGCGUACUGGUCAAUGCAGGUGUUAGAUGGAUAUCAGAAGAUCCUAGGUCCUUCGAAUCCAAUAACAUGUCGCGCUGCAGAACGAUUCGAGGCGCUUAAGGCACGUUCGGAAAAUGCAAUCCCACCACAUACUAACUACAGCCAGCCCAGCCAGCAAAGUACAUAUCCAGCGGCUCCUCCACCACAUAAUGGUAAUCAGGCCGGGUACCAGCCGGGAUAUCAAGCAGCGCACCCAGGUGCUGCCCCGCCACCCACUGGAUACCAGGCUGGCCAACAAGGAGGCUAUCCGGGAUCCCCUCCACCCACUGGCCAGCCCUAUCAGACUCCUCCAAUGGACCCUAGGUAUGGCAAUCAAAUGAACCCUCAUGGCUAUCCAUACGCCCAUGGCCAGUACCCUCAGAACCAGUACCCUCAGAACCAGUUCGCACAGAACCAAUUCGCACAGGGUCAAUAUGCACAGGGUCAAUAUGCGCAGAAUCAAUUCGUACAGAAUCAAUACGGCCAGGGCCAAUACGUCCAGAACCAGCCCAUGCCGUUCAAUCCAAUCCCCCAGUUCCAGCACAUGUCGUUCCGGUAA